ACAAGAAGAGAGGUGGCACGAAUGCGAAUGAAAGAGCAACGAUUUCUUAGUUGGUCUCGCAAGGGACAACGUUUGUGGCAUGUUUUAGUAAUUUCGAAAUUGUUUGAAAACUGUCGUAUUGUUCACCGGGUCAGUAGCCCUCUACGAGCGAAUGUGUUCUGACUCAUUUUUCGAUAAACUUUUGUUCAUCGUAAAUCAAAUAUUCAACGAACGGGUUUAAAACAAUGUGCUGAGUAGUUCCUGAGUAUAUUAUUACACCCUUUAUAAGUGACUGGAUAUUUUUUAACAAAGAAUGGAUGUCGGGGUGUUGCUUUUGGCAAUCUUCUGUUCCAAUAUCCCACAAAUCUUCGGCCAUGGAAGACUGAUAGAGCCCCCUAGUAGAGCAUCUGCUUGGAGGUAUGGUUUCGAUACUCCCCAUAAUUACAACGACCAUGAGUUAUUUUGCGGGGGAUUUACGAGGCAAUGGGUGAAGAAUGAAGGAAAAUGUGGCGUCUGCGGAGACCCUUGGGAUUCUAAGUUACCAAGGGCACACGAAUAUGGAGGAACCUACGGUCAAGGCAUCGUCGUGAGAAAAUAUUCCACCGGCAGCAUUAUCAACAUCAGAGUGGAACUUACUGCGAAUCACUACGGCUACUUCGAGUUCUCCUUGUGCCCCAACUACAAGGCACCCACCCAGGAAUGUCUGAGUAAGAAUAUUCUCAAGCUUGUCAGACCGCAGGAAGACGUCGACCAUAAGAAUGUGAGGUACUUCCCCAAAGAAGGAAACAAGGUUUAUGAAAUGAAGUACAGACUACCCAAGAACAGUUGCGAGCACUGUCUUCUUCAGUGGAGGUAUAUUGCUGGAAACAACUGGGGCAAUUGUCCAAACGGCACCGGCGCAGUAGGCUGCGGCCCUCAAGAGGAGUUUCGUGCAUGCGCCGACAUUACCAUAUCUGGCAAAGCUUCGGACGAACCGAUGGUAUCCGUGGAAGAAGAAGAGACGCCAGAACUGGUACCAGAAUACGUACCAACAACCACUAUAGUUCCAUCCGUUCCUACUCCAGAGGAGUCCUACAACCCAAUAUCUGCUCUUAUUAUCACUCUUGUAUCUUUUUUAGUAGUAUUUUCGAUUUUAUCCCUGCUUUACUUUCAUUUCUACCAAGUUGGUAAGCAAGUCAAGAACUGGAUUAAGGGGCCUAGCAAGAAAACGACUCAAAACUUACCUCCCAUGCCACCUCCUAGGGCAAGAAGGACUCGAAGUCCUUCUGCGAGAAGAGAUAGGAGCGUUAUGCAUGAAAUUGAUCUAACUCGCGAAAGCUUAGCGUAAUUUGCGUCAGAAAAAGGAAAAGGUUUAGGAAAAGGGAAAGUAAAGUAGCAUAAAACCGUUUAUAAAUCGAAAAUACUUCGAAUCUGUAAUGUUUGUACUGAAUAAUAUUUAUUCUACGUUUACGUUGUAAGUGCAAUAAUUAGUGAUACGUACAAUACACACUUUUAUUUAUAAGUCUGUUUAAAUUUAAGUAGGAGGUACGUUUUAGUUUAAAUAUAUUUAUUGUUAAUUUAAGAGAAGUUUGUACAUACUUAAAGCAAUAA